UAUUUUUUACCAGUUACAUUAUGACGUGUCUUGUAAAAUCAGAUAAAAUUAUGUAUUAAUUGUGUUAAUAGUAGUCAAAACAUGGGUAAACAAAAAAAAAAAAACUAAAACUAAAUUACGCUCUUUUGACAUUAUUUAUGAGAAAAAUACUGGUAAUACCAAAUGAUUCCGCAUAUUAACUCAAUUUCGAAUAUUUUUGGAAAUUGUACACUUUUAAUGCAAAAAGACGAUAUAGUGUGGAAAUUUAAAAAUUACUUGUAAUACAAUAGAUGUACACUUAAAUAACUAUAAUACUUACAACAUUAUGUUUUAUAGGUAAUUAUUGGGAACUUGAUAAGAGAUAUGCUAAUAGGCUUGCGUCCGACAUUUCAAUUCCCAUUAAGACGAAAAGACAUAAAGGAUAACAUCAUUGAAAUAGACGAUAUAAAAACACCCAAAUCUAUCCAAUCACUACGGAGACAAGAGACUCAAGAAGAAUCUCAAGAAUCUGAAAGUAGUUCUCAAACAGAUGAAUCUUCUGAAUCGGAUACUUCAGAAUCGGCCGCAGAUUCUAGAUCGAUGCCAGGAUCCAAUGAAGAUAACGCUGCAGAAGAAAGCGUUGAAGAUAGUGGAACCAGUGACAAUGAUGUACAGGAUUCGGCUUCGGUGAGCAAUGAAAACGAUUCGGAUUACGAUUCAGAUGAACCUCCCGGUGGGGAUGGAAUGGGGGGUGGAAUCCUAGGCUUACUCGCCGGGUUGAGUGGUGGAGACGGUGAUUCUGAUUUAGGUACAUUAUUAGCAACAGUAAGCGGUAUAGUUGCAAAUCUUAGCGGCGAUGGAAUCGACCUAAAUAGUCUAAUCGCAUCCGGAAUCGGAUUAUUUGCUGGUCUAUUAUCCGAAGGAGAAGAAAAUCCUGGAUCUAUAGUAGCAAGUUAUUUGCUGACUUCGUUAGACACUAUUACAGGAGGCGGUGCGCAAAACAAUGGAGCUUUUUUCGGAAAGUUUAUUUCGAAACUGGUCAAAGGGACCAGUGCUGCUGGCGACCCAGAUGCCAGCUCCGAGGAAGGCGACAAACCUUUAAUGGCGGAUUCGGCUGGCUUCCUCCUUAGUUUGAUCACAUCGCUUCUCGGAGAUAUGUCCAAGGGCAGCUCGGAUGGUAGCAGUUCUUGAAAAUGCCACGCAAGAAUCACAUAGCCAUAUUGAAUCUGAAUAUUUGGAGAUUUUCCAAAUAUCUCAUUUUUUUGUUACAGAGAGCUUUCUAGAGUUUUUUUUUAACAAUAAACAAACCGAACUAAUCUAGUACUUUAUUUAUUUUAUUAUAUUUCAGCAAAAGCGUAAGUAAACAUUUUUAUUAACAACAUAUUAUAUGCACAAAGAAAUCGAUAAGCAUUUAAAACACGAAUAAAUAAAGAACCUUUUUUAGUUAACUACAUGUGCAUAUUUUCAGCGCAGGAGCCCACAAAAUGUUCAAUUAUUAUUUGUCCAUUUAUUUGAGGUAGCCGUGAAGAAAAAUUAUGCAAUAAGGCGUAAUUUAAAGAUUUAAAAUUAAAUUAAAUACUAGAUCGCACCCUAUAAGAGUUAGUGUCUCACACUGGGCCUUUUCAGUUCACUGUACAAUAAUGUUGUUGUUUUAUUUCAUUUCAUUUACAGUUUCCUACAUACGCAAAUACAUCUCUACCUACAUAUUAAAUAAAUAAUGAAUAUUUACUAACAAUCACGCCACGUUAACUGGUCCCGUGAUAAGUUCGUAAAGAACUUGUGUUACAGGUACCAGAUAACGGAAAUAAAUGUAAGAUUUUUAUUAUACACAUACAUAUAUUUAAUAUACAUCCAUAACCCUGGAAAAACAUUUAUAUUUAUCGUACAAAUAUCUUCCCUUGGCGGGAUUCGAACCCGCGACCCCCUUGUGUAGUGACCAUGUCACUUACCACUACACCAGACGGCCGUUAAAUACGUUAAUUACUACAUAUUACUGCCGAGAAAGGUAUGUUCGUUUAAGCAUAUCCGAUUCCCUUAAAGCUUAUUUGUUUUCGUCGUAACUGUGUGCAGUUAUCACUGCCAUCUACAAUACUACGAGAAGUUUUGCGCGAACCCUUCCCAUAGAUGUAAUAUUUGCAUUGAUCAUAGCGUUGAAAGCCCUCAGUUUGUUUUAAAUUGUUCUAUAUCUACGAACGAUCAGUGGUGCGUGGAGCAGCGAACUAAUUGUAAGCCUUAUAUAACCCGAACCUCUUCAUUCUGUUGUUUCGUGUGAUCGCGCCGCUAAGACUUAAGUAGCAAGAAAUUCCAGAAAUGACAUGAAACUUAAUUUAAAAUUUUCAUUUGCAGACCAGAGCUGAAACAAGUGUUUCACCACUGUGGACCCUCAAGCUGGACAUUCUGAAGGCGGUCUUGCAUUUCGGGACCAGCAUUUUGGGACUCUCUUCAUCUACAUCUAGUGAAGCUUCUGCGUCAUAGUUACGCUUACUAAUAAAUUAAUUCUUGCAGUAUUGUCAUUUUGUUAGAGGUAUAAACUUUAGCGAACCUAUUUCUUGAUAACGAGAAAUUAAAAAUGAAGAAUCUUAAAUGUGAAAUAAUCAAUGCUGUAUGCUUUAAAUCAUUAAAUAAUAUUUGAUAAUUC